UUCCAAAUAUAGACAAGGAAGAAAAUGUCUUAAGCGGUAUGCAUAAUCAAAUGAAAUAGAAAAGAGUCAUGAUUUCUCCAAGAGGAUGUGUCAUCAUGUUAUGUCUUCUAGUCAUCAAGUUUGAAUGUUCAAGUACGUGUAUGUCUAGUGCUCCAGAAGAAUGUCCUAAGCCGUUUUGUAAAUGUCAAAAGAAAUCAAAUGGAAAAGCCGUGUGUUCCGGGCGCUCUUUAAAUUACAUUCCAAGACUUCCAAAAUAUGUUCGGUCUGUUAUAUUCACGAAUACAAGUAUAAGAGCAAUAGACAAAUGUGGAUUGGUCAAUUUAACAUUUCAACACAUAGAAAAUAUAAAUUUUACUGGUAAUGGCUUACACAGUAUUGACAAGGACGCAUUUCUAAAUUUGACUUUCCUAGCUUCGCUAAUUGUAUCAUCGGAACCUAAUUUGAAUAUUUCUGCCCUUAAGUUGUCUUUUCAGAGUUUGCCAAAGUUAAAGGUGUAUGAAUUAGAAUUCAAUUUUAAUAUGUGGAAAUUCCUUCCAAAAGAUAUGUUUAACAAUUAUCAUGUAAGCAAUGUUAAGCAUUUGAUUUUGCAAGACAAUAGCUUUACAUAUAUUAACUUUACGACAUUCAAAACCAUGAGAGGUUUAAAAAAAUUAUCUCUUGCCAAUAACGAAAUAAGACAUGUUUCUUUAACUAAGUUAACUUCAUUAACUGAAUUAGAUAUGAGUUCAAAUCAUCUUUCAAGUGUUCCAACAUUUUGUGGAAGAAACAACACUAGUUAUUUUCCUAACUUAAAUACAAUAAUUUUAAGUCGUAAUAAUUUUGGAUUUCUUGGACUCAAAUCAUUCCAUUGUUUACCUCGACUUUCAAAGUUAUACUUGGAUUAUACAAACAUUGGUAAACUUCAAGAUAAUGUAUUUGCCUCUCUUCCAUUUCUACGAACGUUACAUUUGCUUAGAAUCGGUAACCCUUUACGAUAUAUUUCACAGAACGCGUUCAAUAGUUCUUCGUUAGAGACAUUGAUUUUACAGGGUUCACACUUUCAUUUUGAGAAACAGCACAGAUACAAUGCAAGCAGAAUUUUUGCUUCUUGUCCAAAUCUACAACACUUAGAUCUCACAGACAACUUUAUGCCAUCUGAUGAAUCAACCUUCCAAACGAUUUUUAGGCCACUGAGAAUGUUAAAACAGUUAUUUCUCACUUCAACUAGGAUACAAAAUCUGCCAACAAAUGUGUUUACAAAUAUGAAAUUGCUUCAGACAUUACAUUUGGAUGCCAAUGCAAUAUAUAGUUGGAACAAUAGUUAUUGUAUAUUUGGUAAUAUGACAUCUAUGAAAUUUCUGAAUUUAAAACACAACUAUUUGUCUGUCAUCAAUGAAACAAGCUUCCCAUAUGACCUUUUGUCCAGACUAGAAACAUUAAAUCUAGCUCGUAAUCCUUUUUCGUGUAUUUGCGACCAAAUGUGGUUUCGAAACUGGAUUCAAAAGAAUGGUUCGAUUUUAAAGGAGUAUCCAAAUCAAUAUAAAUGCAGACAUCCCAACAAUAUGAAUGGAAUUUUAUUAAGAGAUUAUAAUCCUACAGACAAAAUGUGCAAUCCAUGGAAUCCUCUGUAUACUAUGGCAAUUGUCAUGGGGAUGGUUGUUAUAUUGUUUAUCACUGUUGGUUCUAUCGCUGCAAAGUGUCAGGGAAAUAUUAAGAACUAUAUAUAUUUACUACGUGUAUAUAGCAACCGUAAAAAGGGAUAUAUCCCUCUUGACAGUGAAGAAGAUUACGAAUAUCACGCUUUUGUUGUGUAUUGCGAUAACGAUAGGAAAUGGGUUCACAACGAUCUCUUGAACAAGCUUGAAAAUGAAGAAGGAUUACAACUCUGUAUUCACCAUAGAAAUUUCAUAGUAGGAGAUGCUAUUAGUGUUAAUGUUGAUAAUUUCCUUAAAAAGUCAUGGAAAGUUUUAGUUAUUGUAUCGAACAAUUUCGCACAAAGUGAAUGGUGUCAGUGGGAGGUAGAUGUUGUACAAGAGAGACGCCGACGCCAAGGGAAAGAAGUCAUUGUUCCUAUCAUACUAGAAACCAUUGACUCAAAACAUAUGACUAGUCAAUUACGUACAUUACUGGAUAGUACACCCUCUUUAAGGUACCGUUCCGGUGUAGGUUCAGAACUAUUCUGGAAAGUUUUAUUGGAGAGUUUAAGAAAACCACUUGGACAUCCGCCAACCUCUUUACUUUAUUACCCAAGCUUUGAUGAUCAAACAAGAGUCUCACCUGAGACUGAACCGCCCACCUGGUGAAAAUGUAACAGUCUGCAAACAAGGGAUAAUUAAGUCUUAGAUGCAUGAUUUUUUUUUAUUAGUUGUUAGUGGCUUUGACCUAGCUGUCAGAUAACUGCGAGUACCCUCAGAUCUGUCCCUAAUGUCUUUUUGCUGUUGGGAUGUACAAGAACCCGUCCACGUCCACUUGAUUUUUAUUUUUUUUCCAUUUUAUGAGUUCAGCCUUUUUCAACUUAUUUGUAUAGUUCGUUCUUAUGUUGUACCACUGUCCCAGGUAAGGAGAGGGUUGGGAUCCCGCUAACAAGUUUAACCCUACCACAUUCUCUAUGUAUGUGUCUGUUCCAAGUCCGGAGCCUGUUAUCCAGUGGUUGUCGUCUGUUUAUGUGUUACAUAUUUGUUUUUUCGUUCAUUUUUUGUACAUAAAUAAGGCCGUUAGUUUUCUCGUUUAAAUUGUUUUACAUUUUUAUUUCGGCUGUGUCAUUCUAGUCUCUUGUGGACGGUUGUCUCAUUGGCAAUCAUACCACAUCUUCUUUUUUAUACCUAAAUUGCACAAAGUAUUUAUUGUUUUGAGUCCUGAUCAUAGUUUCAUUUGUUAUUAACUUAGCUCUCAUAGUUAUUGGAAUGAGAGCUAUAAACCUUAAACAUAUCAAGUUAAAAUCGAUUUUUCGAGACAAUUCCAAAACAGAUUUCAAGAUCGUCUGAAAUUUUUAGAGUAGAUAUUUCCUAAAGUUUAAAAAAUAAAAACAUCUGCCACACCAGUUACAACCCAUUAUUUUAACAGGGACAAUAACUAAAAUUUAGAGGCGGUUUUAAAGAUAAUAGUCAAAACAUUGUCUUAAUUGAUUAAAUAAAAUUGAAAAUGAAAAAAAAAUGAUUCGUCAAAGAGACAACAACUGACCAAAAAGCAGAAACCUUACAUUCUGGGAUAACAUCUAAAGACUUUUAUGAAAUGUUAUCAUAAAGUUAGAAUUAGCUAUUAACAGUCUUAACCUUGCUUCUAAAAAACAAGAACCGCCAAAAAGAUAAAC